AUGGCAGUCGAGCCCACUACAAUCCAGUCGGGCGUCGUGCCGACCAAGUCGAAGCUCUCGCUCUUACACGGCUCAAACGACCCUCCGCUCGUCGACUUGACCCUCGGCGAGCUGCUAGAGCUCCAAACAUACCAGUACGGUACCAAGGAAUGUCUCGUUAUUCCUUGGACUGGCGCUCGCUGGACGUACAAUGAUCUCAACCAGCAGAGCUCGUCCCUAGCCGAAGCCCUCCUCGACAUGGGCAUCGGCGUGGGUGACCGCGUCGGUAUCAUGGCUGGAAACUGCGAACAGUAUGCCGCCGUCUUCUUCGCCGUGGCCAAGAUUGGAGCCAUUCUCGUCAUUCUGAACAACACUUACACACCGACCGAAGCCAUGUACGGCCUGACCUUCUCCGACUGCAAGGUCUUCUUCACCACCAAGAAGAUUGGUGACCGAGUCGACAACAGCAGGCUUCUGAGCGAGGUGGCCAACGAGGAGGGCAUCAGCCGCAAGGUGGUAAUUCUGCGAGGUGAUUCAGAGGGGUACACCUCGUACCAGGACUUGAUCAACUCCCGGCAGCGGAAGGGCCACGAGGCACUGUACCGAGCCAUGAGCAAGGUCCUCCCACAUCAGGUUGUCAACCUGCAGUUCACAAGCGGCACGACCGGCUUGCCCAAAGCAGCUAUGCUCACCCACCACAACCUGGUCAACAAUUCCCGGUUCAUCGGCGACAGAAUGAGACUGACCUCGGCAGAUAUUCUCUGCUGCCCACCACCACUGUUCCACUGCUUUGGCCUCGUGCUUGGUCUCCUCGCCAUCGUCACACACGGAGGCAAGAUCGUGUAUCCCGCCGAAGUUUUCGACAUCCCCUCAACACUGCAGGCUAUCUCCGAUGAGAACUGCACCGCCGUCCAUGGCGUCCCCGCCAUGUUCGACUCCCUCUUCCAGGCCAAGCUCCCCGAGGGCUUCCAGUGCGACAACCUCCGAACCGGCAUCAUCGCCGGUGCGCCAGUGCCCCGGUAUCUGAUGGAGCUCCUGGUCAAUCGCUUCGGUAUGACCGAGUUCACCAGCAGCUACGGCUUGACCGAAGCCUCUCCGACCUGCUUCAACGCCUUCACGGACGACGCCAUGCACAGGAGGCUCACCACCGUGGGCACCCUCAUGCCCCACGCCCAGGCCAAGAUCGUCGACCGCGAGGGCAACAUCCUGCCCAUCGGGGAGCGGGGGGAGCUGUGCAUCGCGGGCUACCAGCUCCAGGCGGGCUACUGGAACAACUCGGAGAAGACCAACGAGACCAUGAUCCGGGACGCCGCGGGGGUCCUGUGGCUGCACACGGGCGACGAGGCCGUCUUCGACGAGGACGGCUACUGCAGCAUCACGGGCCGCUUCAAGGACAUCAUCAUCCGCGGCGGCGAGAACAUCUACCCGCUCGAGAUCGAGGAGCGCCUCAUGGCUCACCCCGCGCUCUCCCGCGCCAUCGUCGUCGGCCUCAAGAACAAGCACUACGGCGAGGUCGUGGGAGCCUUCGUCGAGCUGGGCGAGAGCUCGGCCCAGCCCACCGACGCGGAGCUGAGGGACUGGGUGCGGAACCAGCUCGGCAAGCAUAAGGCUCCCGCGCACGUCUUCUGGCUCGGGCAAGGGGGCGUGCCGUCCACGGUGCCGCUGACGGGGAGCGGAAAGGUGCGCAAGUUCGAGAUGGCGAAGCUAGGAGAUGAGUUGUUGCGCAAGCAGACCACUACCUCCAAGCUGUAG